CCGCGGCUUGCAUCGCUGGAGUCCUCACGCCCCCUUCUGCUGCGCCUGAUCGCCUGCUCUGCUGCGCAGAUUCUCUGGAGUCUCGACUCAGGUUCAGAGAAGCCUCCCUUGGAGUUAGUCUGAAAGAAUGCCCAUUAAAAGGUUGAGAAAAGCAAAUAUUAGAAUUGAUCCAUUUCAGCCUGAGCAGAGUUAAAGUGUAACACUUAAUUGAUUGAGCCUAAGCAUUAUGAAGUUUACAUGUUUGAGCAAGGGUCAGGGUUAUCAUUUCCCUCCUUGCCACUUUCUCAAUGUUUGUGGUUUCCAGGUGUUAUUUGAUUGCCCUUUGGACCUUUCAUCUCUUUCAAUUUUCUCUCCACUGCCAACUGAUCCACCUUUCUUGAGUGAUGGCACAAGUUUAAUACACGCAGAACCGUGGUAUAAAACUGUUGAAAGGCUAAACCUUAUAAAUAAAUCCUUCAUAGAUGUUGUGUUGAUCACAAGUCCAAUGGGCUUACUUGGGCUACCAUAUCUCACUCGUGAAAAAGACUUUUCUGCAAAGAUUUAUGCAACAGAAGCUGCUGCUAGACUUGGUCAACUAAUAAUGCAGGACCUUGUUGCUAUCCACAUGGAGAUGAGACAAUUCUAUGGGGUCGAAGAGGCUUGUUUUCCAGAAUUGAUGAAUUGGGAAAAACUUGAGUUGCUUCCCUUGGAACUAAAGGAGAUUGUUUUGGGCAAGCAUGCAACAGGUCUUGCUGGGUGGAUGCAAUUGUACAGACCUUUUUAGUGCGGCUGAAGUCAAGAGUUGCAUAGAGAAGGUUCAUUGUCUUAAAUACGCUGAAGAAUCCUGCUACAAUGGAACCUUAACCUUAAAAGCAUUCAGUUCUGGUUUAGAAGUUGGUGCUUGUAAUUGGACCAUUGUCAGCCCAAAAGGAAGCAUCACAUAUCUUUCAGGAUCUAUUUUUUCUUCAGAAACUGCAAUGAGUUUUGAUUACAUUUCACUUCAGAAAAGUGAUGUGUUGUUAUACUCUGGCUAUGCACCUUCAGAUAUUGACAAUGUGGAUGGUGACAACUGUUUCUCCUCUCCAGCUAAGAAUGAUUCCUCCUAUCCAAGUGACACUUUCAUGGAAGACACAGAAAAGUAUUUGCUUGAUCCUAGUGAGUACAAUGAAGAGAUGGAAAAAAUGAAUUUUCUCUGUUCAUGUGUUUUGGACUCUGUUAAUGCCGGAGGAUCAGUGCUUAUUCCUAUUGGACGACCGGGUAUAAUGUUGCAGCUGCUGGAGAAUGUGGGGCUUUCUUUAGAGUCUUCAAAUUUGAAGGUUCCCAUUUUUGUUGUUUCUUCUGUAGCUAAAGAGUUAUUGGCCUUUUCUAAUGUUAUACCAGAAUGGCUGUGCAAGCGUAAACAGGACAAGUUAUAUGCUGGUCAACCUCUAUUUUCUCAUGUUGAGAUGCUGAAUUCCAAAAGGCUGCAUGUGUUUCCUGAAAUUCAUUCUCCCAAGUUACUAAAAAUUUGGCAGGAACCUUGUGUAAUAUUUUGUCCACAUUGGAGUCUGCGAUUGGGACCUGUUGUUCAUUUACUUCGCCGCUGGUGUACAAAUUCGGAUUCAUUACUUGUUAUGGAGGAAGGAGUUGAUAUUGAUUUGGCUGUUUUGCCUUUCAAGCCAAUGGAAAUGAAAGUCCUAAAAUGCUCUUUUCUAUCUGGAAUAAAGUAAGCCUAAAGAAAGCUCCAUAUCUGCUGAAAGCACUGCAACCAAAGCAUGUUCUGCUUCCGGAAGAUCUGAGGCCACAUUUUAGCCAUUUGGGCCACUCUUAUUCCGUUAGCUAUUUCUCUGAAAACGAGACACGUGUAAUACCCAAGUCACAGCAGCAGGGUUCAGAAUUGUGCAUUGAUGUAGACCUGGCUUCACAGCUCCUCUGUUGCGCACAGCCUAUGCAAGAAGGCGAUAAGGAAAUGGCAAGGCUAAAGGGGGAGUUGUUCUUGGAGGGUGGCAGGUAUCGGUUGGUGUUUGGAAGUGAUAGAACAGCAUCUUCUUCUCAACGUAGACCAGUGGUUUGUUGGGGAAGAGUCAACCCUGAGUCACUUAUGGCCGCUUUAAAAAAGAUGGGAAUCAACACAGCUACUAAUACGGUUAAUACUACUACUACUACUGUUUUAAAAGUCUCAGAAGAGCAUAAUGAAGCAUUGAUUGAAAUUGCAGAAGAUACAACCAUCGUCAUUGCCGCGGAUGAGGAUUUCGCAUCCCGGAUAUCCAAUUCGAUUUGUAGCAUGUUACAAAGCAUUUAAAAAGGAUUUCUUUUGGUAGGAUUAGAGAAAAAAUCAUGUGAUACUUAUUACUGAUUACUGAACUCACGUUCUCCUCAUUUUAGAUACUGGAAAUCAUCAAUUGUUUUACCUGGUUAAUUGUUUUGUUCUGAACCCGUUUGGUGAUAUGAUCUCUAAAAACAUAUUUUUCGAUUUAUGUGUUUUUA